CUGUGCCCGAAUAUGAACCAUGUAUACUCCGGAUCACCAUAUUAGGGCUCGCAGUGUUUCUUCAGUUUAAAAAAACAAAGGACGACCAGCUGAAUUGUUGAAUACGUUAUCACCCUCCAUCUCUUCACUCGCAGUUUUAAAAGGCAACAAAAACUCAGAAACUGAGUUUAACACAUCCAGCUGAAUGCCAUCCAUUCUGUGGAGCUGAUCUUUCCCCUGCAAGGCCUGUUGGAUUUCACGGUACUGUUUACUGACUGACUGCAUCAUCGCAACUUUACUGUUCCAUCGGGUUUCGCAUUCCUGUGUCACGGUGUGUGGGAGCUGUACUACAGUGCCGGAUUUUUUCAGUUAUGACAUGGUCCAUUAUGGUCAUUCCAAUCAGCUUCGACAAGCCAAGGCUAUGGGAGACUACCUCAUCGUUGGAGUGCACACUGAUGAUGAGAUCUCUAAACACAAAGGUCCUCCAGUGUUCACUCAAGCAGAGAGAUAUAAGAUGGUGCGAGCCAUCAAAUGGGUGGAUGAGAUUGUAGAAGGGGCUCCAUACGUAACCACGCUUGAGACUCUGGACAAAUACUGCUGUGAUUUCUGUGUUCAUGGAGAUGACAUCACACUCACUGUGGAUGGAAAAGACACGUAUGAAGAAGUGAAAAAGUCGGGUAGGUACAGAGAGUGUAAAAGGACGCAGGGUGUGUCCACUACAGACCUGGUCGGCCGCAUGCUGCUCAUGACUAAAGCUCAUCACAGCAACAUGGGCAGUUCAGACUAUCAGCAACACACAGACAACUUUGGAAGAGGUCCAAAGGGUCACAGUCCCUGGACAGGAGUGUCACAGUUCCUGCAGACAUCCCAAAAAAUCAUUCAGUUUGCCUCAGGGGAGGAGCCCCAGCCUGGAGACAUCAUCAUCUAUGUGGCUGGAGCUUUUGACCUAUUCCACAUUGGUCAUGUGGAUUUCCUGGAGGCAGUGUCUAAGCUUUCAGACAAGCCAUAUGUUAUUGUGGGCUUACACUUCGAUCAAGAGGUGAAUCGUUACAAAGGGAAAAACUAUCCCAUCAUGAACAUCCAUGAAAGAACACUGAGUGUGCUGGCUUGUCGAUAUGUUUCCGAGGUUGUGAUUGGGGCACCAUAUGCAGUUACUAAAGACUUACUGGACAAUUUUAAGGUGGAUCUGGUGUGCCACGGGAAAACAGAAGUGUUUCUAGACAGAGAUGGAUCAGACCCUUAUGCCGUACCUAGGAGAAUGGGAAUAUUACGGACAGUGGACAGCAGAAACAGUCUCACCACUGACGACAUUGUACAGAGGAUCAUCAAAAACAGGUUGCUGUUUGAGGAGAGAAACCUUAAAAAAGAGGCUAAAGAGAUGGCAAUGAUACAGGCUAUGAAGAGACGAGAAGAGGAGAAGGCAAAAGAGAGCACAGACAGUGCUGUUGAAACAAAUACAGCAACAGACUCUGACAAAUCCCAAUACAUGUCCACAUAGCGGACUCACAUACUGUUUGUCAGAUUCACCAAUAGCAAUCAGGAGAUCUUCUACUGCUGUUGAAUAUGAAUUAGAAUGUGUUGGGAUUUCUGAUUUUAUGAACCUCUUCAAUUUUCCACAAUCACCAUUUGAAGGACAAACUGAAGAGCGGAGACAUGCUUCUCUGUGGUACUUCCAUUAACGCGAUACAAUUUGGACCACUUCAUCAAUACCUUUUCAAAGUAGAGGACCAUUCCCCUCAGAUCUACCCACUGAGGGUUUUGAAGGAGCAAGGGUUGGGUAUGUGUGCUAGACUUUGCUGUGUUUAGGAUGUUGUUACCUUGAUGACCUAGGUCAGUGAUUCCCAACCAGGGGUAUGUGCAUCAGGGGGUACUGUAUGUAAGCGGUUUCCAGGGGUUACGCAAAAAGAAUUGGAUUUUGGAUGUUGAACUAAAUGUUGAACAAAAAAUGACAUUUUGUAUGACCCUAAACAGUGAUUAAGGCUGGGUAAAAAUAUAGAUUUUCUAAUUUAUCGUUAUCUUCAUUUGAACAAUCAUAAUAUAAAUUCUUAAAUUCCUAAGAUAAUUUUUUUAAUAUAUGGAGUUUUGUAAUAUUUAGCAGUGAGAUUGGAUAUAAUGGUAUGCAAAAAUAUAUAUUUAUUUUUUUUAUGGGGGGGGGGGUGUCCCCCACAAUGUCUGUGGUGGUUAUUGCCCUGCUGUAAUAAGUGUCCUGAGAUAUCACACCUUUCUGCCUUUCAAUAAUUUUGUGCGUGUGUUGAAGUUGAUUCUUCUGAUUAACGUUUUUUUUUAUUCAUAUAGAUAACAAGGAAAAGCAAAACAUAUACACAAAAUCAACAUUUAACCCCACU